CUCACAUCCACACACACACACACAUACACACGCACAUGCACGCACAUACAGAUCCUAUCAGAUCAUUGAUCCCUAAAUCAAUACAAACAAAUAAUGAAUACAACUCAUCCAGGACAUAAAAAAGAAGUAGAAGAAGGAGAAGGAGAAGGAGAAGAAGUCAACGUGGACGACGACUAAAAAAGAGGAGACAAAAACGAAAGAAGGAAAAUAUAAUCCAUCCUUCGUUCCUCUCGGAAUUCUAAAACAUGAAUAAGAUCCCUUUCUAGUAUCCAUUAUAUCAUAUAUCUAAUGAAUAUACCGAAUCCAUGUAUAACCAUUAGUCCAUAUCAAAGUACAUCUCAUUCAGUUUAUUUAAAUAAGAAUAAUAUCAAAAUAUCUUCUAUAAGAAGAUACUCCGCCAUUUAUCCAAUUAAGAAUACAUUAUUAAUUCAUCAUAAAGAUAAACAAUAUAAAAGUCCAAAAAUCAAUAAAUUGAAAUGUAUUCCACGAUCUUUCAACAAUGAUCCUGAUCAUCAAGAUGAUCAUAAUGAUGAAUAUGUAUUAAAUGCUCCAAGACCAUCAUUAAAAUUCAAUGAAGAUAAUAUAUUAUUUGUAAAGAAAGAGAAUUUAUCUAAAUUUAAUGAAGAGUUAUUGAAUGAAAAUGAUCUAGAUCCAUUCCAUAAAGAACCAAUUUCAUCAACACCAUUUUAUAAAUCUACUACAAAAUCACACCAUAAAGGAUCUUUAUUCAAUUUAGCAUUAAUUGGUGCACCAAGACUUGCUUUAAAUGUUUCAUUUCAAAAUACUCCUACUACUACUACUACUACUCAUACUACUUAUACUACUACUACUACUACUAAUAAUAAUAAUAAUAUCAUUGAAGGGUUAGAUCAUUCAAAUUGUUCACCAAAAAUGACUUCCAGUACAUUUUCCUCUUAUAAUCAAGGAAGUCGUCAUGAUGAUAAUGAUGAUAACGUCGACGACGAUGAUGGAAACUAUGCAAAUGAAUUAUCCGAUAUUGUUAAUAAUGAACUUGUCAAACCAACUAAAAUCUCUCAUACCUAUAAUCCAUUAUCAAAUGAGACAAGUUUAAUGAUAUUUCGUUGUAGAAUAUGUUUAGAUGAAAAUGAUCAUAAUAAUGAAACAGAAAGUUUAUUAUCACCAUGUCGAUGUAAAGGUACAGUUGGUUUAGUACAUAGAAAAUGUCUUGAGAAAUGGUUAUUAACAUCAGGUAAACCUAAUUGUGAACUAUGCGGUUAUGCUUAUAUCAUGACACCAUCGAAACGGCAUUCAUCGCAAUUCUCCACUCUAAAUCAGAUUAGACGUUUCAGCAAUGAAUUAAGAAGUUUACGUGAUUGGUUAAGAUGGGAAAGAACACGAAGACAUUUAAUAGCUGAUAUUAUAUGUAUGAUAUUACUUACACCAGCUACUUAUAUUGGUGUAUAUUUUUGUGUGAUUGGUGCAUUUGGUUAUGCUGAAUUGAAUCCAUAUUCAUGGCAAGUAUUUGGUUUAUGGGGAUUAGCCGUGAUUUUAGUUCUAUUAUUGACUAUAUGGAUGAUAUUAGCUAUUCGACAUCAUUUAGGUAAUUAUCGUAGUUAUCAACAUCAUCAACAACAGAUGGCAUUAGUUGAAGCCAAUCGUUUAUCUGCAUUACCUAGAUAUCGAUUUUCAAUACAACCAAGACCACGUGGAUCAUCGGUUGUUUUAUAUACGAUACAUAGAGAACAAGAAUCCUCUCCUUUGACAAAACAUGAAACACAAGUAUCAAUGAAUUCAAGUAUAGAAAGUUUAGAUAUCAAUUCAUUGAAUAAUCAAGGAGAAGAAUCAUCAUGUUCCAAUAAGUAUACAAAUGGAAAUCAAAAAAUAGUUGUUUCUGUUGAAUUAACUACUGUCCCGGAAGUCGUUGAAGAAAUGUCCACUUCAAAUAAUAAAGUAUCUUUUGAAAAUAUAGUUUGAUACAUGUUUCAAUGCUGAAUCAUUUCGAAUUGUCUGUUUUUUUUUCUUUAUUUUUCAAAUAUAGACAUUAUCAUCAUGGUACAUUCAACUGUAGUUUUUUUUUUCUUCUACAAUAGUUAUACACGUUAUGUGAAUGUGUAUAUAAAUGGUGUGAAUGGUCCAUCAGAGUGCUUGGUAUCUGAGUAGUUGCGCCACAUGAUUGGGCUGUACUAUUUACUUGUGUUUGUCUUGUUUUGCUUCGAUUCGAUUUUUUUCGACUCUGAAUUCAUUUCUGUAUUUGCUUGCUCGUACGCAUUAGCCUCUCUGAUCAAGUUCACUCAUUGUGCUUGUAAAUUUGUUAUCUGUGCUAUCCAAUAAUAAACUAUAGUUGUCACUUC